AUGAAGGGCGAAAUUACCUUAGACGGAGCAAUCGCGCUUUUGUCGUCGGACAAAACCAAAGAUCGCACAGAUGGCUUAGCUGAUCUAAAACACAUUCUCCAGAAGAAUAAACGGAACUCGAAUCUUCAAUCUAUGAGCGACAAGGCCUGCCAUAAGAUCUUCGAGUCUUUGUUUCGGCUCGUCUCCACAGAAAAAACGUUCUAUAACCGCGCGAAUUCUAAAGGAGCCAGUUCCAGUAAAGCAGCCGCCACUCGUCUUUCCGCUUGUGCAUCCGUUGUUCGUACAGCUGUUGAGACUUUCCUGCGUAACUUACGGAUCAAGUCAGUUCGCGCCAUUCUUGACCAUAUCACCAAUGUCUUGGUCAGCCCGGACAGUUCUCUGUUCGAGCUUCUUAGUGUGGACUACACGAAAUGUUUGAGCACAAUCUUGCAUUAUCCGCCACACGUUGAGCACUUGGGGGUUGAGGAGUGGGAAUCUGUCCUGAAAUUUUGCCUGAAGGUCGUCAACGUACGGAAUGAUCACAACAGCCAACAAAGCACGUGGAGUCCGCAUUCGUCUGUCAUGGACGACUACAUUGGAGCCAGCGGUGGCCGGUCGACACCAUCUAGAAUGACACCUUCACUGGCCGUCAGAGAGAAGCCCAAAGGGCCGACGGGUGUGGUUGAAGAAGCUCUUUCAUGCAUUAAAAUACUCUCAGGGGUUCCAAAUGCUCCUCUUCAGGACAAUGCUGAGAGCAUACUUCUGGGGCUGGCAAGUUACGUAGGUUCACCCUCUCUUUCCGGAAGUGGUCACCAGACGGCCUUCAGCGCUAUCAACGCUGUGGCAAUGGGGAUAAUAUUCGAUAACUCGGAACUCGUUCGAGUCACCUUGCUAGAUCUAGUUCCAGUAAUCCGGCAGCACUGGACCACCAAACUCAUGGGUCUAAAGGACGAGUUGCUUGUCACCACAAUGUUGAUUGUCACUUUUCUUAUAGAUGAGAUUCGGAGAAAACCGGACGAGGCUCUGAUAGCUGUGAUUGAUGGGCUCAUACAUACUCUACAACGCGAGUACUUUAGACGUUCCGAGAAGGAUAUUCUUCAGGUUGACGAAUUGGUUUUCGAUACUAACAGCAUAGGUCAACACGAAAAGUUUCGUCUUUGGCCAAGGUUGGAGAGUCCUAGGUCCGAGCAUAACUGGACGGUAGUAUGGAUUAUGGCAAGGUUGCUGGAGUUGUCUGAAGAGUUAACCACACGGUUGUCGACGCAUUGCCCCCCCGAGGCCGAGACACCGAGUAAAAGGCAACGUAUAUCCUCGAAGAUUGACGAUGUUUUCCGUGAUUCUACAGCCUCUUUCGGCAUCAGAAGAGUUUGUGCUUUGCAGCUGAUUCCCUUCCUCCUGAACCACUAUGCCUGCAUCGAUUCGAAGGUGUCUUUGCUGGAACGAUUGAUACCCAACAUAAAUGAUGACAAUGCUACGAUCUCAUCUUGGACAAUGAUUGCUAUUGCAUGUAUUGCAGCUAGUCCUCAGGCAGACAAGCCGCCACUCAAACGAUAUUGGCAACAAGCUUGGGACUUGACGUCUCGUGCAUCUACGUCACAGCUCACUUCCAGGGCUGCUUGUUAUUUACAGAACAGUAUUCUCCAAUAUAGUCUCCUUGACUACGCUGCCGUGGCUGAGACUAUUAAUUCAAUGCUCUCAUUUGUCAGAUUGAAUGGGCCGUCAACAGUGUCAGAUGCGUCUUUAGAGUUAUGGGCGAGCGUUAUUAGGAUGACAGCCCAAAUAAACCCAGGGUCUGUAUCAAAUGCUUCCGUCCAGAUCUGUGAACUGGUAGACAUAUAUGAUAUUUGGGAUGCUGAAACCACGGUCUCUAUCCAGAAAUCCUCACAGUCGGAUCCAAACGAUCUUGGCAUUCUCGAUUUGUUGCAGGCGAAAUCGGAAAGUUUCCUUCAUACCUGGCAAUCAUUAUCUGAGGAUAAGUCGCGUCAUGUCACUCCGGAUAUUGUGCAGAUUUUGACGUCCUUCUGCAUAACGGUAGCCCUUUAUACUUCUUGCCUGCCGGAGCAGCCAGGGCCUCGGUUACAGACUCUGCUUUCGAACAGCCGUCCAACUGCCAUCCAUAGGGCAUUAUAUGGACUGCUCACGCCUUUAAGUGAAGUUCUUGAGAGCCAAAGACAGUCCCACAAACAAAGACUAUACGCUCUCAACGACGACACUAUGGACUUGGAUGAUCCGUUUGGGCCGUCAACUGAUCAGGUAGAAGAGGCGUCAAACAUUUUAUGUACAAAUCGCAGCGAUCUGCCACUGUUCCAGGAUUCUGCUAGCUUCCAUCGCUAUAUGACCAUCCUUAUUUCCAUUUACAACAGGAUGUAUUCUCAACAGUCUGAACCUCAACAACACGUUACUAGGGCUUUGGAAGACUAUCUGAACGAUCUUGAUGAGGUUGAUCUUCUGGCUGCGCAUGAUCUCCUACCUUACGUAUAUCAAUCCUGCGCUAGAACGGACCGACAAACGCAACUUGUGCUACUUGAAAACCUAGGUGAAAAGUGCCUUCAAACAUACGAAUUGGAGCGCUGCGAGAACUCACAUUUGCUCUGUAUCCAGAUGAUGUGCAGCCUUGCCAUGUCAUGGACCAGAGGAACCCAGGACAGCCUCAGUGACUCAGCCGCGGACAUUUAUACCUGGUUCACGACAAUAUUCCUGAAGAAAGGGAGGGCCUCCUCGUCCGUCUUAAUCGCCUUUGCAAAACUACUGGGAGUGAUUCUAAGCUUGAACCCAGCAUACUCGAGUGAUCAAUCAAGCCCAUCCCCUAAGACUACCCUAUUCAAGAUUAUUAGCGAUGGUGAAGUGCUAGUCAAAUUUAACGCGGGGAGUCUCGUUCCGCAGCUGUUCGGACAGUUUCUUCUCGAAGACCACGAUAAUGUGUUUAAUGAUGUCCUCGAAUGUCUUCCGCGAGACCCUACUUGGGAGGAAGGAAUCGCGGUUCGUUUGUUCCUGCUCGCCCAGCUUGCGUCAAAAUGGCACACAUUACUCCGAAGAAGCAUUUAUCAUAUCUUCGAGACCCCGGCCCAGGUGCAUCAUUCCCUAUGGUACGCAGAGAAAUGCCUACGCAGCGUCUCAGAUGCGCUAGGACUCCAGGAUGCCAAAGAGAUAUUCCGGCUUUUUUCUUCUCAAAUUCUAUACACAUGGACCGAAACACAGUCGAUAAAGUCCAUGCCUUUCAGCAUUUUUGGCUAUGCUAAUCUUAAUGACAUGAUAUGCGAUGCCCAAGACGAGAUUGUUGGACAAAUAAUGAUGCGAGCAAGUGAAAGUGAUGCUGCAGAGCUCUCAGAGAUACUAGGUCGACCCUUUGUUGGUCUUCUGACAGACUCUUUCUACAAAGCAGAGGCUUACACAAUAGCUCAUGACAUAAGUACUCCUCCUCGAGAGGGAAGCCAGCCUAAAGGGGUGGAGAAUCGACUCAAGAAAAUUCUAGGUGCUGAAGUGUUCGUGACUCUAAUUGAAGCACAAUUCCCCCAGAUUGUAGCUACCUUUUUCGGAUCGCUCGAUUUCUUCCAGCAGGUGGAGAAAGCAUUUUCGAAACGAGAAAGCUUCCAGGAAGCACUCGUUACAUUAAAACGCAUCACCGAGAAGGGUGCUGCGAGAACUGUGCUCCCGCCAAAUCAGCAGCCGUCUUUUAGGGCGCGGUAUCUCCUCGAUGAACUAGAGUUUCUGUGCAAACGAAGUGGAUAUGAACUUGAAACCAUCUGGACUCCUACUCUCGCAUCCUAUGUAUGCCGUACACUCCUGGAAUCAAUUCACCCGGCGCUGGGCUCUCUGCAUGCUUGUUCCGUGCUCCGGAAGAUCAAAAUACUGAUAUGCGUGGCUGGGCCCGUAAUGCUGAGUGACUACCCGUUUGAGAUGAUUAUCCACGGACUUCAACCAUUCCUUGUGGAUAUCUCUUGCUCUGAGGAUGCAGUGGCUAUUUUCUGGUACUUACUGGAAGCUGGAAAGACUUAUUUAUGUGAACAACCGGGCCUGAUGGCGGGCAUUGCGGUUUCUACCUCGCUUUCUUUGGGCAGGUUUCUGGCGUCGCCUCCCGUAAACUCGCGGCAGGAGAGCCAACUACAAGCUGUGGUAGGAAAUCUUCGAACAUUCUGCCGGUGGUUCGACGGCUAUCUCCGUUCUUACACUUCGCCAGCUCUGGAUGAUGAGUCGUCUAGGUCUUUUCGGCGUUUCACUUGUUCCUUACAGACUAUCGUGGAACAGGAAUCCAGCGGAUCCGGUGCAAACGAAACCGAUCUACUACUCGAAGUACUUAAGGAUCGCGAAUCAAAGAGUGGUCUUCUUAGCAAACCAAUAUCGGAUCGCGUGAUCUCGCUGCUUUGUUCUACGUCGAAAGCAGCGUUAGGCUAUCAUCUCACUACUAUUGAGCGAGACGAAGAUGCUAUCUUGAACGCUGUCACUGUCUGCCAGACUCUUCGAGAUUUCAAUCCUGGUACCGAAUACCGGUCUUGGGCGGCUCGAGUCAUAGGAAGAGCCUUCGCAGCUACUGGCAAAAUCAGUGACGCCCUAUUGAGAGAACAGGAUCUUACUCUGUUUCGCUCUUCUUCAACCCAAUCGGGUACCGAUAUCCUCUGUCGUUCCAAAGCGAACAUACUUGAAGUACUUGGCAGCAAGCUGCUGAAUAGCAGGCAAACAGGACCGAUUGAGCGUACCCUGCAGCUUAUCAUCAGUAACCUGGCCAACUUCCCUGAUUUUGAACCUUGCGUGAGUGCUAUUUCCCCUUCUGUCAUGAAGGCUCUCACCUGGAGCCCGUAUCAGUGUCCGGGGAUAUCUCUGAACGCUCUGGAAGCCAAAGAACUAGAAAAUGUACAUGGAUGGGAUCUUAGCCUUUCGCCCUCUUACUGGGCACGAAACGUGGGACUAUUUCUCUCAAAAGCGGCCGCCGAGGACCCGGUUAUUGGGUCACUGAGCAAUAUAUUAUACCUUAUUCCUGAUUUGGCAGUCCAACUACUGCCCUACAUCCUACAUGAUGCUCUGCUGGCGGAGAUUCGAGGUAAGGUGGCUGAGGUAAGGGACAGCAUAUCGCAAAUCUUCAAUGAAACCUUACGGGCUGGUGCAGAAAACUCUAUCCCUCACGCUCGGCUUAUCAUCAAAUGCGUCCUCUACCUUCGCAACCAACCCAAGCCGGGUGAGGAAACAAUAGUGGACCGAGAUGACUGGUUGGAUAUCAACUACGCGGUAGCUUCCUCAGCCGCUAGUAGAUGCCGCCUGCCGAAGACGGCGCUCAUGUUUUUGGAAACUCAUGUUUCUCGCUGUACGGCCAGCUCUCGUCGGUCAUCUGUUGCUAAAUACGAUCUCCCAGCAGGCCUGCUGCAUGACAUUUUCAAGAACAUUGACGACCCCGACUUUUUCUAUGGAGUCCAGCAGACUUCCUCUCUGGAUUCCGUAAUAGAAACUCUCGAGCACGAGAGUUCUGGCUUCAAGAAUCUCCUUUUCCAGAGCGCACAGUAUGACAGCGAAAUUCAGAUGACAGGAUCUGGAAACGCCUAUGGUGUCCUCAAGGCACUGAACUCCACCAAUCUUCAGGGCAUUGCUAACUCUAUGAUCGGUGCGCUUGGAAAUUCUAGUGACACUGCUGUCCCACUGGGUAGUAUGCUUAAGGCCGCUACAAAUCUGCGACAAUGGGAAAUACCUAUCUCUCCGUUGAACACAUCUCCUCCGGCCACGAUAUUCAGGGCUUUCCAGGCCUUGAAUACUCCAGGGCCGUUAGUUGACAUGCGUGCAUCUAUCGGCGAGAGUUAUAGAAGCAACUUGAAUCUUAUCAAUAGUGAUCGUCGAUCAGCGACGUCAUUGCGGACCGCUAUGAGGACGCUCGGCAUCUUGACCGAAAUAGAAGAAGUUCUUGGUUCAGGAUCUGCGGCGGAAAUCGAUCAGAAGUGGGAGGAAAUCUCAGCAAGGACUUCCUGGUUAAAAAAUACUGAUGUCCAGGAGGUUGGAGAGAUUCUGAGCUCUCAUGAGACCCUGUUCUCUUCCAUAAAGCAGAAAGAUUAUCUCAGGUCUGCCUUCAACUUAAGUGACAUUGAUGCACAGCUUCUUGAAGUGAAAGUAAUCCGCCAGUCCCUACACAUUGCCAGAAAUCACGGCAUCGCCCAGGCUUCGCUAAGAUCUGCUGUUUAUUUGUCAAAACUAGCAAACCAUAGUGUAUCGCUAGGGCUCAAUAUUGAAGGCGUAGCGAAGUUCGACCUGGCCAAUGUGCUAUGGGAUCAGGGUGAAAUGGCGCCCUCGAUUCAAAUUCUCCAGCAGCUAAAAGACAGAAAUGACCUUCACAAGCAAGCAAUUCCUAUUAGUCGUGCCGAGCUUCUUGUCACCCUGAGUCAGGGCCAUCAUAUCGCCGAAGCUCGUUUAGAAAAACCGGAGGCGAUCAUCCAGAACUAUUUGACACCUGCAGUCAAAGAAUUGAAGGGUCGCUCAGAGGGAGAAGACGCUGGGCGAGUCUAUCAUGGAUUUGCCAUCUUCUGUGAUCAGCAGUUACAAAAUCCGGAUGGGCUGGAAGACUUUGCGCGGAUUGAGCAGCUUCGUAAUCGUAAGGAAAAGGAAGUAGUUGCUCUUGAUGCGAUGCUCAAAACAGCAGAAGGGAAAGAGCGAGACAAUCUCAAAUUUCACAGAACAAAGACGAAACAGUGGUUCGACCUCGAUGAUCGUGAGUAUCAGCGUCUCAAGCGAAGCCGCGAGGCCUUCCUGCAGCAAUGUCUUGAGAACUAUCUUAUCUGCCUUAGAGAAAGCGAAGCAUACAACAACGACGUCCUGCGCUUCUGCGCCCUCUGGCUUGCGCAAUCUCACAGUGACAUUGCCAACAGUGCAGUCUCGAAAUACAUAGCAGGCGUCCCGAGUCGCAAGUUCGCCCCUCUUAUGAACCAGCUGACUUCGCGGCUCCUCGACGUGUCAGACGAUUUCCAAGCUCUAUUAUCCGAACUGAUUUAUCGCAUAUGCUCUGAUCACCCGUUCCAUGGGAUGUACCAGAUCUUUGCGAGCAGCAAAUCCAAGGGUGGAAGGGACCAGUCGGCUCUAUCACGCAAUCGAGCCGCCGCAAAAUUGGCUGAUAUUAUGAGAAACGAUAGGCAUAUCGGGCCUUUGUGGGUGGCGGUCCACAAUACCAAUAUAAAUUACGUUCGAUUCGCUGUCGAGCGGUUAGACGACAAGGCAAAGAGUGGUGCAAAGAUUCGGCUGAAUAAAUUGGCACCUGGCAUACGCCUUGAACAGGAUGCUGUCAACCAGCGGCUACCACCACCGACUAUGAAAAUUGAUAUUCGCGUUGACUGCGACUAUAGUGAUGUGCCCAAGCUUGCUAAGUACCUCCCUGAUUUCACGGUAGCGUCUGGCGUGAGCGCACCGAAAAUUGUUACAGCUAUUGCAAGCAAUGGUGUUCGUUAUAAGCAGCUCUUCAAAGGAGGCAAUGAUGACCUGCGGCAGGACGCCAUUAUGGAGCAAGUAUUUGAGCAAGUUAGCAGUCUCCUCAAAGACCAUCAAGCGACUCGGCAGCGCAAUCUCGGUAUCAGAGCCUACAAGGUUCUUCCUCUGACCUCUAAUGCGGGCAUUAUUGAAUUUGUUCCGAAUACCAUACCGCUCAAUGACUUCUUGAUGCCUGCGCAUCAAAGAUACUACCCCCGAGACAUGAAGCCCAGCGCCUGCCGCAAACAUAUUGCCGAUGUACAGACACGGUCCUUUGAGCAACGAGUCCGGACAUACCGCCAGGUAAUCGAAAAAUUCCACCCUGUUAUGCGCUACUUCUUCAUGGAGAAGUUCAACAACCCAGACGACUGGUUUGGCCGACGGCUAUCAUACACCCAGAGCACUGCGGCAAUCUCGAUUCUGGGGCAUGUGCUUGGCCUGGGAGAUCGCCACGGUCACAAUAUCCUCCUUGACGAAAGAACAGGGGAAGUCGUACACAUUGACUUGGGCGUUGCUUUCGAACAAGGGCGCGUCCUCCCUGUGCCUGAAGUGGUCCCUUUCCGCCUCACGCGCGAUUUGGUAGACGGAAUGGGCAUCACCAAAACCGAGGGCGUCUUCCGACGCUGCUGCGAGUUCACCCUCGAAGCACUGCGCCAGGAAUCAUACAGCAUCAUGACCAUCCUAGACGUGCUGAGGUACGAUCCGCUCUACAGCUGGACGGUGUCGCCACUGCGAAUGAAAAAGAUGCAAGAACAGGACACCAGUGAUGGGCCGCCAGUUCUACCGGGGUCUACGACUGAUCAACAGCGGCCAACCAAUGAACCGAGCGAGGCUGACAGAGCGCUGACGGUUGUUGCAAAGAAACUGAGCAAGACAUUGAGUGUUACGGCGACGGUGAAUGAACUGAUUCAACAGGCGACUGAUGAGAAGAACCUUGCUGUUCUUUACUGCGGCUGGGCCGCUUAUGCAUGA